AUGCAGCAGGAAAAGAAGAAGGAGACAAAAACGGAGACCAACAAAGAGGGACAUUUAUAUCGCUUACACAACAACGCAACCAAUACAAACUUAUAUCAGGUCCUCGUGCUGCUGCUGCUGCUGCUGCUGAUGAUGAUGAUGGUGGUGCUGCUGAUGCUGCUGCUGAUGAUGAUGCUGAUGCUGAUGAUGGUGAUGGUGAUGAUGGUGCUGAUGCUGCUGCGGCUGUUCCUCCUGCUGCUGCUGAUGAUGAUGGUGCUGAUGCUGCUGUGGCUGCUGCUGCUGAUGAUGAUGAUGAAGAUGAUGGUGUUGCUGCUGCUGCUGCUGGUGCUGCGGGAGUUUGCCUCGGCUGCAAGAACAUCACAGGAGGCCUCGCGGGGUAUUGCUGCUGCUGCUGCUGCUGCUGCUGCUGCGAUGGCAGCAGCAGUUGAAGCAGCGCGGAGGCCUCUGGGCUAUCUGCUGGCAACCUCGCCAGCCAUAGGUUCCCCCCGUCUCCUGGGCCCCCCCCUUCUCUUGGGGGCCCCGCUUCUCCUGGGGGCCCCCCUUCUCCGGGGGGGCCCUCAUCUGUCUGGGUACCUCUCUGAACCCCCGGGGGGCCCUGAAAGGGUUGCUGUUCCUGUGGCUGUGUCGGGGGCCCCCACGGGGGACCCGCUUGGAGGCCCCCCAUGGGGGCCCCCCUACUGA